UCUUUCCUGUGUCGUAAGAGGCAGGUUUCAUAUCUUGAGAUUAAGAACUGAGACUGUGCCUGUUUGCAACGUGAUGACCCAGUGGCCUAAUGGAUAAGGCAUCAGCCUCCGGAGCUGGGGAUUGUGGGUUCGAGUCCCAUCUGGGUCGUGUGUAUCACACUUGUUUUAGAACUCGCCAUCGUUGACUAAAAAAUACGAGGCGGCAGCUAUACAUGGCAGGCAAGCCAAACUUGUACGCUUGUAGCGUGCUAAUGUUAAUUAAAAUCUGUUCGGCCUGAGAAAUCUAACAGUGUCUUUCUUAUGGUUAUCAACGAGCUGUUUGCUAGCCAUAGUUGCUAUCCUUACCACGAUAACUAAAACGUAGAGCUAGCUAGAGUUAACGUUAGAGCGAAGAACAGCAGCUAGCUUGCUGCAUACAGAUUUUUCGCCGCUGAUAAUGCAAAGCUAAAUUAAUGAAUGGAAAUUAAUUUAAAAUGCAGCUUCUUUAAAACAACCCCAGUUGUUUUACAUGGCUGAGAAAACGCAAUGGCACACAUUGAGCUGUGAUUUCGCUUCUGUCCAGAGGGGGGCAGUGAUUUAAUACCGGUGGUUGUCAGUUUCAUCAGCAAGUUUUUUUUCUCAGUAUAUUAAUUGCUCUAAUGACGUAACAUCGUUGUUCGGGUUGUUGUUUUUUUAUAUGCGCUUUCAAGCUAUGGAAUAUAAGUGAAAAGAAAGAACAAUAUAAAUGAAAUAAUCUAAUAUCAACGAGACGAACAAUCCGAAUAAACUCCAGUAAUUGUAGGCUCCUAUACUAAUAAACUGUAAGUUAUUCAGGUAAGGCGAUCAACAAAUUAAUUGCCUGUGGCUUUAUUUACAUUGCGGAGUUUAAUUUAUUGUGAACUUCUACCAACCACCACAGUUGCUAUUAUUACAUUAAUAGGCUACUACACUGCAGCGCCACUGACAUUCCUCUCGUCACACUGUCCCGAUGGGAGCUAGCUCAGCUGUGUGAAAUUUCCACGGCAAUUCAUUCAUAAAUAGCGUCACUGAUCUCAGCCUGUUUACCCAAGUGAAGGAAUACAGCGUUGCAGCGACACGCCUCUCGUCGCUAGCAUUAGCCACGGGCAUAUAAAACAGACGAAAUCCAGACUUCAGAUAUCAUACAAGGAAAUACUUUCCAAAAUGACAGCGGUUCUGCUGCUCCUCUCCGUUGCUCUCGCCUUUACAGACGCAGAGGAACACACGGUCAAUGAGCUGUUCUCACUGAUCGGAACCCCAUCUCAGAAAGCCCACGGAACCACGAACCAGAACCAGAACCAGAACCAGAACCAGAGCCGAACCGGGCCGGCCAAGGACCCGCCUCUGCCCGUCAACGAGCUUCCGCAGCAGAGCGGCAAGGCGGGCGACCCCAAGCACGUCCUGCCGCCCCUGUCGGGCGGCAUGUUGCCCAAGCACGGCGACCUGGCGCCCCCGCCCCGCCCGGGACAGCACAACAAGAGCAAGAAGCCCGCCAAGAGCGAGCGGCUGCCGACCGAGCACAACAGCGAGAAGAGCGGAGGGGAAGGGCGCGCGCCGGCCCCCGAGCUGCCCGCCAAGCCGCCCGCGGGCGACGCCUCCGAUCGCGCGCAGAAAGGCGUCCCCGAGACCCCGCCCAACAGCGCUCCCCGCGGUGAGCCCGACGUCCGCCACAGCGCCCGGUCUCGCGGCCAGCCCCGCCCGCCGGCCCCGCCCGCCCGAAAGCUGGACCCGGAGGAGAACCGGCCCAGGAGGUCCGGCCUGCACCAGGCCGCCGGCGGCUUCCGGAACAACAGCGGCCCGUCGGUUCAGCUCAACCGGAGGUCGUCCAGCCUGCUGUACCACUUCGACAUUCUGAAGAAAGAAGGAGACUUCACCCAAGAAGCGAUCUGCUUGAGCGAAUGCAAGAGAGAGAAGGAGGAGAGGGAGCACUACUGCUACAGUGAAUUUGCCGUCAACGGGAUCGUGCACGACCUGGAAGUGAUCCGGCGGGGGAUACGCCUCGCCACUCUACUGGUCAGCAGUGACGGUUUCUACAAGAUGAGCCGCCUGUACGUCGCCCCGGACAGCUACUUCUUUAAGGUGCAAGUCCUGGUGCUGGACACCUACAGGUGCUCCAAGCCGUGCCCAGAGCUCAAACUUGGGAGCAGGUACAUUGUCAUGGGGCAGAUAUACCACAGGAGGCGCCACCUGCCCAACGACCUUCUGGCCCUUCUCGGGGGGAGACUCAAGCCUGGCGACGGUCUCCUGAGAAGCAACAACUACGUCAAGAGGUUCAAUAAGAGGCGGCACCAGAAGGCGCAGGAGGCAUCUCGCUCGAGGUGUCGAUGAGCACGGGAGCCUCUGCUGCCCCCUGCUGCGCGGGCAGAGACAAUGCAGCUGCUACCAAGAACAGACUUAUAAUCACGCAACAUACUCAGAAGACAGCAGAGACCAGGAAGAGGCUAUUCUGUUCGCCUGUGCGUAGUGCAUUUUUCCUUAAGUGGAAUGGUAAUAUUUAACAUUUACAGUAUCCGUCUUAUUGCUGCUUCCGGUCGGCCAUAAAUAUGCUGGGGAAUAAUAGAUUACCAGAAUGUUUAAACUGAGCAAGAAUCUCGCAGAGCUGGGUCUCAAUUGUGUCCCUGAAUUUAUUUGGAAACUUUUUUUCAUUCAGGAUAUAUUGGGUAAUGUCUCAACACUGAUAAAAUAAUCAAUUGGAAAAUAUUUGACAUUUUGUACCCCACACCUUUUGGCCAAUGAACAGUACAUUUCACUGACAACUACACCCGUUAGGGCGGUACUGAAGGGCCACAUACUAAAACUGAGGUUAGCAAGUCAGAGCAGAUUUCAUUCAGAUAAAACAUAUUUUAUUAACUAGGGGAAGGUGUCUGUUAAGAAUGCUGCACACAGCUGCCGUUCUCAACUGGGGGAAACGUGACACUGUCCUUGGCUGUUAACACUGCUUCUUCAAACACAGCUCUUCCGUAACGUUUGCUGUGUGGAGCUACAACAGUGCGUCUGUACUGACGGAAACUUGCAGAGAAACAAGACGGUCUGUUGAUUCACCACUGGCCAGCAGAACAUAAAGUCUUCUUUUUACCCACGUA